AUGCUAGUUAAUCUUACUAUUAUCAUUAUAUUACUAAAAUAUACUUGUUCAAAUGCACAAGGUGUUCCUUAUAAUGGUACUUGUACUUUUACUCAUGAUUGUGCUGAUUGGCGUUAUGGACGUGUAAUAUGUGAUAUGAUAAAGAGAUGUACUUGUAGACCAGUUGUUACUGAUAUUAAUGGAAAAGUUUUUUGGAAUAGUACAAGUCGUCGUUGUGUUUAUUGCCCAGGAAAAUGGUUUUUUCGAGAAACACGAUGUUAUUAUUUUCAUUAUGAGAAAAUGAAUUGGUUAAAUGCUCGAGAUAAAUGUCGAUCAUCUUAUAUGGCUGAUUUAAUUGUUUUUAAUAAUAUUGAUAAUUUAAAUUGGAUUCGAAAAUAUGGAGAAGAGAUGAGUGUAUUAAUGGUUUUUCCUGAUACUUGGGAUACUUCUUAUUAUACUCGAUUUUGGAUAGGUGCAAUGAAUGAACCAUUUGUUAAAUGUAAGUUAAUAAUAGAUAUAAAUUUUUAAAAAAAAUCAAAAAGGAAUAAAAUUUAUUCGAGUUGGUGAAUUCUCAUGGAUUGACAAUAGAGGAUUUAGAUUUGAUCAAAAUAGUUCAAUGUGGUGUAGACCAAAUAUUAAUGGAGUUGUAAGUAAUUGUUUAUUGGAUUUUGAAAU